CACACUGCUCGGCGCUACAGCAUUUUUUCAUUCAAAACUUCUCAAACUGAAAAUUCACAGGAAAUCUAGAUAUUUCUUUUCGUAUUUAUGUGAAAAUAAAUCAAUUAUUUUGUGUAGAAUCAGUGAACUGUCUUAUGUCAAUAUGCCACCCAAGCGCGAUCCCAUUAGCGUCCGCACGACGCGCCUAAAUAAUUUAAUACUUGGCAAAGGAGUUGGCGUCACCCAGAAGCCAGCAGGCUCUAGCGGCGGUUCCCGAAGAAGUAUUUUGCCUGUGAGCACCACAAGUGCAGCUGUUGCCGAGGCGGUAUCCCGCGAAGGCUUGCUCGACGCAUUCUGCUUGCUAUACAAUGAAUGCGACAAGGAUGCCCUGAAGAAGCGCGACCGCAACAUUUCCGAGUUUGUGAAUAAGUUCCGCCCCAUUGUCGAAAAGACUCGCAAACUGCGCGUCAAUGCGGAUGACUUCACCAUCAAGGCGCUUAUUGGCCAGGGAUAUUUCGGGAAUGUGCAUCUUGUGGUGGAGCGUCAGACGUCCGACAUCUACGCCAUGAAGAAGAUUAAAAAGUCUGUUGUGACCACUUCCCAUGUGAAGGACGAGCGCGACAUUAUGUCGGCGCGCAACUCUGAGUGGCUGAUAAAUUUGCAGUACGCUUUCCAGGACAACGAUAAUUUGUAUCUGAUCAUGGAAUAUAUGCCUGGCGGAGAUUUACUCAGCCUGAUGUCUCGCCACGGACCCUUUGACGAGGACCUUGCGCGCUUCUAUCUCGCUGAACUGACUCUGGCCCUGCACACACUCCACGAAAUGGGAUAUGUGCAUCGCGAUAUUAAGCCGGAAAAUAUACUGAUUGAUCGCUUUGGGCACAUUAAGCUGGCUGAUUUCGGCAAUGCGGCUGCCCUAGACCGAGACGGGCAUGUGCUCAGCCUUUCGCCCGUGGGUACGCCGGAUUACAUAGCUCCGGAGCUGCUGCAGACCAUCUCCACUUACAAACUAACAAAGUCGAUGCAUGAUGUGAGUGCGGCUGUCAGCUGCGAUUACUGGUCCAUGGGCAUCAUUGGCUAUGAGUUGCUUUGCGAAACGACGCCGUUCCACGAGGACAAUGUGCACGAGACCUACUCAAAGAUACUCUCCCACUGCGAGGAGAGCCACCUGAAGGAGCUGAUCAACUUUCCCAGCGAGCUAAAGGUCUCGAAGAACUACAGGGAUCUGAUCGAGUCGUUGGUCACGAACCCAUCGAAGCGUCUGUCCUACGAUCGCAUCAAAACACAUGCCUUCUUUGACGAUAUUCAAUGGAAUUGUAUGCGCUCUCAGGUGCCGCCCAUUAUCCCAACCAUCAAGUCGGACGAUGAUACAUCCAAUUUUGAGGAUGUCACGCGACUCAAGUCCCGCAGGGAUCCGCUGGGCAAAAAGUCCCUCACUACGAACAUGAAGUCGCAUGAUUUUAGUGGCAAGGAUCUGCCGUUUUUGGGCUACAGCUUUGUGCAUAUGGACAAGACGCCAAAUUGCGAUUCCGUCGACGAGGCGCGUGCCAACAAAUUGCAGGAAAAGCUCAAGGACCUGCAGCAAAGGCUCAAGUCGCGAGAGACUGAGAUCUCAAUGCUGAAGCAGGAUCUCUUGCGGGCCCAGCAGUCGCUCAAGAAAACGGACAACAAGUCGGAGGUGGUGCUGGACGCCAAAAUGGAAAUCAAGAAGCUACAGCAAAUAAUCAAGGACAAGACAAUGGAGUUGGCCAAUUGCAAGACACAAAUCAAGACCCUCCAGAGCUCGGCCAAAGUGGAUGAGGAAAUGUGGUCCAAAAAGGAGUCCACAAUCACGGACCUGCUGCGGCUGAAUCGGCAAAAGUACGAAGAGGCAAAGAUAUCCUCGGAGCAGCGCUACGAAAAGCAACUGGCCGAGAAAAAGCAGGAGUUGGCCUCCACACUGCAGAAAAUGGAUGCCCGUGAGCUCGAGUUUGUUGCCAAGAGCGACGAAUGCAAGCAUCUGACCGCCAAGCUGCAGAACUACAAGGAUAUGCUUAAGCAGCUGAAGGAGCAGACCAUCAAGGCCGAUGCCGGGCACGAGCAGCAAAAGAGCCAGAUGGCCGAGUCCUACGAGCAGAAGCUGUUGGAUCUGCGCAACAAGAUACGCGAGUCGCAGGACUCGCACCGCCGCUUGACAUUGGAGAUGCAGGGAAUUCGCACGGAGCUGGACGAAUCGAUUAGCUCUGGAAAAUUGACCCAAGAGGCCAAGCACGCCACAGAGCGCAACAUCGAGGACUUAUUGAGACGUCUCAACCACGAGAUAGCCUCGAAUAAUGAGCUGCAUGCGACGAAGGCAAAACUCGAGUCGCAGCUGAGGCAGAAGGAGAACGAAACUCAUGAAGCGAAGGCCGAGUGCCAGCGCUUGGAGCGCGAACUACAGGUCGCCGAAUGCCGCUGCCACAUGGCCGAAUCCUCUCUGGCCUCUAAUGCUUCCCCUUACAACACAGCGCCUGGGUCUUUAACCGAACUGAAUGCCAUUGAAGACCAGCUGGUGGCCGCCAAAGAGGGCGAAAGCCAGCAGAAGGUCCGUGCCGAUCAACUCCAAACUCUUGUCACCAAACUGGAGCAGAUGCUGGAGCGCUUCAGCGAGCAAAACCAAAGCCUUUGUCACUAUGAAAAACUUGAAGACAAGCUGGCGGCCGUACGAGAGCUAAUGAUUGUUGAACGUCAGGCAGCGCGAGCGGCUAACCUCUCACUGUGGAAAGUGGAAAAGCAGCUUGAGGAAGCCGUGGCGGAGAAGAAACUAUUGGCGCGCCGCAUGGAGCUGACAGAGGAUCGCAUUAAGAAGGCCCAGAGUGGCCAAGAGGAGUCGCAGCGCAUGCUCAAAUCCUCACAGGAAGAGACGCGCCAGCGAGAGUCACGCAUCGAGGAGUUGAAGCAGGAACUGGCUGCUGCCAAGCGGGAUGUCAUGAAGGAACAUCGCCUGUGGGAGAAGGCCGAGCAGGAGCGCAUGAAGUGCAAGUCGGAAAUAAUCGAGCACCUGGCCAACGUGCACAAACUCGAGCAGCAGGAGACUGGCCUGCGGCAGAAGCUACAGCAAAUGCAGCUGCGCUUCGACGGCGUCAUGUUGGAGCAGAAGAGCAUGCAGCGUCAGCUGCAAGAGGAGCGUGAAAACAGCACUGCCGCGACUGAAUCGAGCCACAGCCUGCAGCGAGAGCUGAAGGCGAUGACGGAGAACUUCCAGAGGCUGAAGCAUGCCUGCAGCGUGACGGAUAACCAGUUGACCGAGGUAGAGACCAUGCUGAAGACCGAGCAGGAUCGCAACAAGUCGCAGCAGACCCAGCUGGACGCUUGCCACGUGCAACUGCGAGAGCGAAACGACCAGCUAACGAAGCUGCGCCAAGAGCUGCCGGGAAUAGAGGCCGGCAAGCGGCUGGCCGAGCAGCGAGCCCAAGUGCUCUCCUCGGAGUUGAAGGAACUGAAGCAGAAUCUAAUGGAGCAGCACAAGAAGAUGGUCGCCCAACAGGGCCAACUGGUCGAGCAGACAAACGUUCUGUUCGCCACACAAGAGCGGGUGGACGUUUUGGAUGGCCAGAACUCGAACUACCUGGCACAGAGCGCCGACUGCGAGCGCGAAUUGCUCAACUUGAAGGAGGAAAACGCACGCAUCCUCAGCGAGCUCUUCCACAAGAAAGAGGAGGUGCGCAACCUACAGGCCGAGAUAGCCGAGCUGCAGACCGCUCAGGCGGAGCUGCAUACGGAGAUCGAUGAGCUGAACGACACGAUGGCCGAAAAGAAACAGUUUUAUAGGGACCGUGACAUCAAGACACAGGUCACGCUGGAACAGCAGAAGAAGUUGAUCGAUUACUUGCAGCUCAAAGUAGAAGACCUGUCCACCAAGAAGAAGAAAACCCUGGCGGACAAGCUGUUUGGCACGAGUCAUGGCAACAAGGAGAACAUCUCCUCCAAUGAUGUGGAAUCUUCCAUUCUCUAUCGCACCCUGCGCGAAGAACUACGCCGCGAACAAAAGAACUCGGCCAUGUUGAAGGAGCAACUUGAGAAGCUCAAUGGAACUGCCACGCUUCGCUCGCCACUCAAGUCGUCGGGAGAUCAGCUCAAGCAGAGGCCUGUCAGCAUCGCCGUCACUCCACGCUCCCCCCGCAAGCAGGUGUCGUCCCUGAAACGUACCAAAAGCCAGAUAGAGAUCACCACCACAGCAGAGAAGGAUUCGCACCAAAAACAGACUGUGGGUCAGCAGCAGCAGCAGUCCCGCUGGCACCGCUUCGAGCAGGCACUACAGGAAUCAAAGACAGGUGCUCCGGACUGUGUGGCGUGCAAGCAGAGCAUUAUCGCCGGCUCGGCUUACUGGCGCUGCAAGGAGUGCAAGGACGCGGCCCAUCGCAAGUGCCGCACGAACGUACAAGGCGAAUGCGGAGCCCCGAAGCCUAGUGCCCCGUCAGGGGCUGACGCAAUCAGUGUUGCCCCAUCUGUGGGCAGCAGCAGCCUCGAGAGCGUGGAUAGCACUAGUUCAGACAACGUCGGCAGCGGGGAGUACAUUGGCAAGCUAGUGUACAGCUCGGAUGCCCAAGGGGAUCAAGAGCACGGGAAAAAUCUGGAAGUAAACUGCGCCUUUGAGGUGGCGGAGCAGCAACUACUGCUGCUGGGCUGCAGCACCGGUCUGUAUGCCUACCAUGUGGACACGCAGCGACUGCUCCACAUUGCUGGCAUCGAGUCCGUGAGCUGCAUGUCGAUCUGCAAACGCCUGGCCAAGGCCAUCAUAGUGGGAACGGUCGCGGAGAAGCUGAUUCAGUGCGACUAUCGACAACUGAAGUCGCGCUGCCAGAGUUCCAGUGCGUGUCACAGACCCGUGCUCGAGACCUCGGCCAUAGAGCUGCCGCUUGCCAACCGAAAGGCCGAUGAGAAGUGGAAGCUAGUUUUGAUUUCCAACGAGGCGGAGAAUGCCCUGGACUCUGUGGCCAUAGCGGCCACAUCCACUCGCAUUGUCAUCUUGAAGUACGAACAUAAUUUGCACAAAUUCAACCCCGUGCGUGCUCUCGACACGAACACUGCGGUCACCUCGAUCUUCUUUACGCGCCACUCUGCCAUUGUCAGCUCGGACAUGUUCUACGAGAUCGAUCUGGACAAUUAUUCGGCCGAUGUGUUUGUCGACCUGGCGAAUAAGUCAAUGCAGAACACCGCCAAUUGGCAGCCCCUCAUGGCUGUGCGCAUUUCACGGCAGGAAUACCUCCUGUGUUUCGCCGAGUACGGCGUGUUCGUGGAUGAGUUCGGCUGUCGCUCGCGCCCCUACGACUUGAGCUGGGUCUACGCCCCGACGGGAUUUGUGUACCGCGAACCCUUUCUCUUCAUAUCCCACAACCAGUGCGUGCAGAUUGUACGCCUCCAUCGAUCCUUCAGCAAGGAACUUGCCGACACCGACAUCAACUCUGAGCUCACCGAAUCAUCGGACCUGCAGCGCGUCUACUUGCCCCACUACAUGUCUACGUUGCUGGCAAACAGUGGCGACAUCAACCUGUACACACUGGCUCUUGACGCUAAGUCGUCUACUACUGGCUCACAAAGGAUCUACCACUUGGAUACACUGCAGGCGUUCAAACACAAGUUGAAUGUGUCCAUGGAGACAAUUUCGUCGGUGGCCACAUCCGUGACACUGGGAUCGGCAAUGACAAUGGAUAGUAUAUAAAUACGCUUACGGAUAACUCCAAAUUAUUUAUAUAAACCGAGAGAAGAGGGCCUCACACACAGAAAUAUACUUACAUACAUACUUUUAAGUACCAUUUAUGAUCGGUCCACGCCUGUCCAUGAUUUGAUGGCAACUUUGCAGAAAGGACGACUUGCCCGUAAUUUAAUUUAAAAUAUUUGUUUAUUUAAAUAUUUGUAACAACUUUGUGCGGAUAAUACACAAAUAAAAGCAUUCUCGACUAAUA